AUGGGGGCACUUGUUGAAGUGGUCAAAGAGGUGGUGCUGGCAGCAGUGAGAGGAGACCUAUCUGCACACAAGGAGGAGGUGGAUGAGCUGCAGCACAUGCUGACUGCUGUGGAGGAGAAGAAUGAGGCGACUAAUGCUGCGAUGGAGGAAAGGGAGAGAGAGUUGGCAGCGGUUAAGAGGGAGUUGGCAGCGGUCAAGGGGGAGUUGGCAGCGGUGAAGGGGGAGUUGGCAGCGGUCAAGGGGGAGUUGGCAGCGGUGAAGGGGGAGUUGGCGGAACACAAGUGUCACAUCCCUCCACACCAUGCCAUCAUCGUGACACGAGUGCUAGAAGCAGCUGAUGGUAGAUAG